GUCAUGUAAAUGCGAAAGCACGCCUCAUCGAAAAAAUCGCUAAUAUCAUUUUUUUUUUAAAUGUAAGAAAUCAACGAUGUGAAAAAAUCAACUAUGUGAUACAUUCUUCGUUUGUUGCUCAGAGAAAUUUGUCGUUUAAAGAAAAUAAGUGGAUUUAUUUCAAUAGAUCGUCAUGUCGGCGCUGAAGAUGAGGGAGAGGGAGGAGGCUCCCGAAGUCUUCAGAGAGGCCAUCCUUUACCGCGAAUGGGGCCAUCGACUAACAAGUCUGGGCCGAUAUUCCACGGCCGUAUAUUACUACGAAAAAUCUUCCAAUUUGGAAGCCGAAAAUCUCAGAACGUUAAUCGGACUCUGCGAAGCGCUUAUGAAAUAUAUGAGAUACUUCAGCGCGAGAAAAGUGGCGGAGAAAUGCAUGGAAAUAGAUCCCGGUCAUUACAAGGUACGGCGAACGCGGAUGGAAGUGCUCUUCCAGAUCGGGGAGUUCGCUCACAGCCUGCGAGGCGUGCGGCGGGACGAGAUGACCUUUGAGCACGGCUUUCAUCAAGCCUACGGCACCAUCGAGGAUUGCGUCGGUCGGAACACGUCGCCUGUAGUUCUGCUGCUGCUCUAUCCGAAAAUACGACGGCUGCAGGAGCACCGCGAGUCUUUGAUCGGCAAACCCGAGGAGGACGAGGACGAGGAGUUCGAAGGUAUUGACGAGGACGAGGCGAGAUUCAAGGUGAACGAUCCCGAGGUGCAACAGCAGGCGCGAAUGAAGAAGCUACAGCGCGUCAUCGCGAAAAUGUAUAUGGGUUACUUGGCGAUCGAUAAGGAUUUUCUCGAGGAUAUUGCGAGCCGUUCGGAAAUCGUAGAUUCGCCGUGCAAGAGCUCGGCCGCGACGCUGAUCGCGCUCGCGAGUACGUGUCAUCGCAAACUAGUGCGACUUCAAGAACUGCUGAGGAUGAGACGACCGCUUUACGUUACGAUCUUCCGAAAACGAGAGCUCCCGAAAGGAUUCAGAAUGAUGAUGGAACGGGAGCGAGAACUGCGCAAGAAUAAUAUCGUUUUGGAAGCGGAUUUUCUGUUGCGCCAACUGCUCGCCGCGAGAAUCAGCAAGGACUAUCCCACUUUCUUCAAAUCUGUCUAUCGCAUCAAAGACAAAUUCGACUCGUACUCGGACAAGAUGUUUCCGUUGAAACGGAGGUGCCUUGACGCGCUUUACAAAACUAUAGCGUGGGUGUACAUCGACGCGCGUAAUUUAACGUGUUUGGACGACGAGAAAACGAAGACGAGAUAUUUAAAGCAUCACUUGGGAAUUCGAGUUGCGAGCUUGCCGCGAGAUAGCGAUUUGGCAUGGAUGCCGACUGCGAACCCGAAGGAAAUGCUGAAGAUGUUUCAUCGGAGAUUAGCCAUGGCAUCUGCGCCGCUUGAACUCGCCUGGCUGUAUCAUGAAUUUUGCAAAGUCCUCGUCGACAUUCGUCGCUUCGAUCUGGCCAGAUUCUACGCGAAGAAGGGAUACGACGUGGCGCAAGAGGCAAGAUGUGACCAGUGGUACCUGAACAUCUAUCAUCUGUUACUGCGAAUGGAGAUCCAUCAGAAUAAUCGGAAUGAAGCGAGAGAAGCCGCGAUUGUGGCACGCGAAACCGCCAGAAAGCUCGGUAUCGAUUGUCUGAUAGAUUUCUAUGAAAGGGCCAUAGCGAUCGUUGACGAGCUCGAUAUGGAGAGAAUCAACGAUUUUAACGGCAUCGCUGCCAGACAGCAGCUUAUCCUGAAGCUAAUGCCGAAGGAGAUGAAGGAAGAGGUGGAUUUUCUGUGGCGGCGCAUGGACGUCGUGCCCGCCAGGAGACGGCUCUCCGUCAUGCCGGGCUGCAAGCCAAUCGAUCGAAAGUUCAAAAUGCCGUCCACACGGAGGACCAUAUUGCCCAGCCCGCCGAAGGAUCCCGAGAGGGACGCCAGGAUCGCUUUGUUGAAACAGCACGCUCCGCCUCUCAAGCGACCGGGUUUCGUGGAUUUCGAAGAGUUCGAGUAACGAAUUCUUAACGAGAACACAGAGAAACAGUUAUAUGUGUGUGUGUGUGUGUGCGCGCAGUCGUUGAAUUGUUCGCCUUUCAUUCACAUUGCCGGGCAAAUUAAUACCCGGAUAACAGAUCGCGAGGCAUUAAUAAUUCUCACGAAUAUGUGAUUAUUUGAAGAAUUGUUUGUAUUUAUCGGAA